AUGUACGCAUACAGCGAAAGCACGUUGAACAGCUUCAUUCUCCUGUACUAUCUCAUCACAUCCAUCGUUGCCCUCAUACGGCGCCCAAAAGACCGGAAAGGCUUGGGGAUCAGAUCGCAGAGGUUCUUGUUAUCGACAACAUGUGUGACUGUCGCAACAUGCCUGGUGGUCUCUAUCGUCGACGCCAUCGUAGUCAGUCGACGAGACACGGUAUUCAUGGUCCGAGAGACUGAUGAUGGCCUUUUCGGCAGUCUUGUUCAGCUUCUACUAUGGCUGAUAGUGCUGCUUGUACACACUGAACAUCCAGGUGUUGUCAGCUAUCCGGAAUAUGGCGUCUGGAUCCUCACUUGCGCCAGCCGACUCAUCGCUCCAGUUCGACUGGCGAAGAACGCGUCUCGCAGUCCGGUCAGCUUUGGCUUCCUGGGAGCUCAGCUCAGUCUUCGCGUCUCGUCAGAUCAGUCUUCGCUCUCCCUCGCAGCGGUCUCUCCGCCUCCUCUAGUCAGUCUCUCCCUUUCGUCAGAUCAGCCUCUUCCUUCGAUCGAACUACUCGCAACAGUACUUCGGGCCGUCCACGUUGGUCUUUGUCUAGUCCUUGUUCUCGUUUGGGCAAUCUUGCAGAUACUGGCCAAAGGAAAGGCCGCGGCCGGCACAGAUGAGGAGACUCAACCAUUACUAGCUACGAAUGAUACCGAAGCCGACAAGGACGCAGAGGGGGAUGAAGAAGAGGAGGAGAGUGGCUCGGGCCGAGAAUCGCCUGAGGAAAAGAGAGCACGAGAAGAGCUGCACAACCGUCCAGUAUCAGAGUAUCUGCGGUCAUUCUCAGUGUACCUACCCAUCAUAUGGCCGGCGAGUCGCGCACAAAAGCUCUACUGUAUUGGCAUGCUGUUGUGCAUGAUCUGUCUCCGCGUGGUCGCAGUGCUCAUGCCCCUAGCUCUGGCCUGGAUCAUCGACACACUCGUCAAGCAGAACGCACCCUGGUUACCGAUAUUAGGUUACUUUGUCUUGUAUUUCCUGGACUCUAGGGUCGGCAUAGGACUCCUCGCAGAGUAUCUGCACUUGUUGACCAGCAACUAUCAAAAGCUCAAUCUGUGUCGAGCGGCGUACAAUCAUGUCAUGGAUCUGUCUGCGGACUUUCAAGACUCGAAAACAUCGUCAGAAAUCUGGCAAGCAAUGUCUCAGGCACAGUCCGUCAUCGAUCUCUUUUAUGGCGCUUGCUUCCAAAUCACUCCCAUGUUAAUUGACCUUGUCACUGGCUUCAUUAUGAUCUGGAAGUUCUUUGGAGCGUACCUCGGUUGGCUGGUAAUGACGCUUGCGGUCCUGAUGGUCUAUAUCAGCCUCAAGUCACUGAGAACACGCGUCACACUCACGCGUAAAUGGAGAGAUUCGUGGUACGACUCUUACCAUCAGAUGGUCGAUUCGACUCAGAACUGGUACACAGCAGCGCAGUUCAGCCGUAUUCCGUACGAGAAGGAGACUUUCUCCUCGAAACGUACCAUGGUCGUUGAGGGCAGAAACAAGGUUGUCUAUUUCUACUAUCGAACGACUGCCGAGCGCUUCAUCCUCCUCACGCUCGCUUACCUUUUGGCAAUGGCUCUGGCCGGCCUUGCAAUCUACCAGGGAGAGCUCGGUGCUGGCUACUUCGCGGCACUUACUGGGUACUGGGGCAUGGUCACAAGCCCUGUCAUGUACAUUGUUGCGGAAAUCACAGAAAUCGCCGACAAGCUGAUUGACGCCGAGAAGCUCCUAGUCUUGCUCGAAAAGCGACCGACGAUUGUCGAAGCGGAAGAUGCGCAGCCGUUCAAUUACUUGGGCGGGCAAGUCGAAUUCGAGAAUGUCUUCUUUACCUACGAUGGAAAGAAAACAGCAGCCGACGGCAUCAAUUUCCAAAGCAAUCCAAAAACCAUGACUGCUUUCGUCGGCGAAACUGGAGGUGGAAAAUCGACCAUCCUCAAGCUUCUGAUGCGCUUCUAUGACCCAGAGAAAGGCAGAGUGCUCAUUGAUGGCCAAGAUGUUCGCAAUCUGCAGCUCGACAGCCUCCGCAAGCAUAUUGCAGUAGUGCCUCAAGAGAUCAGCAUGUUUCAUACAACAGUCCUGGAGAAUGUGAGAUAUGGCGACCCUUCCAUAUCGGAAGCGGAAGUGGAAGAAGCUUGCAAAGCUGUGGCCCUGCAUGACAAGAUUUUGAGCUUUGCAAAGGGCUAUCAGAGUCAAGUUGGCGAGCGCGGCUGUCAGCUGUCUGGAGGCGAAAAGCAGAGACUUGCCAUUGCACGAGCAAUGCUCAAGAAGCCGAACAUUCUUCUGCUGGACGAGGCUACAAGCAGCGUUGAUAGUAUCACCGAGGGGCAGAUUCAGACGAGCCUGGACAGGGUUUGCAAAGACCGAAGCACGUUCGUGAUAGCUCACCGCUUGUCAACUAUCCUCAAGGCUGAUCAGAUUCUGGUGAUUGAAGGAGGAAAGAUUAUUGAAGCUGGCACUCAUGCUCAAUUGAUCAAAAACCGAAGCGGGGCUUAUCACAAAAUGUGGCAGAGUCAAGCAGAGCUUCAAGGCGAGAUGAGUCGGUCUAGAUCACGAUCGAAAACUCGAGUCAAGCUUCGGGGAGAUGGAAGUCAUUCUAGGUCACCAUCGAAGCCUUCCCAUGGGGAGGACUCUGCGGAGGCAGGAGCACCUACAUUGAUCGACGACGUUGGCGACGCUGGCGAUGUUGCGAGCCUCACCAGUGAGGUAGACAGUCCGGAAGAAUCAAUCGUGCAGACGCCGAACGAUCAAGCUUCCGCUGAUGGCCAUUCGAAGCCCUUAGGGGAAUCAUGA